AGGAGACGUUAGGAGACGUUAGGAGACGUGGUUAGGAGACGUUAGGAGACGUUAGGAGACGUGGUUAGGAGACGUUAGGAGACGUUAGGAGACGUGGUUAGGAGACGUUAGGAGACGUUAGGAGACGUGGUUAGGAGACGUUAGGAGACGUUAGGAGACGUGGUUAGGAGACGUUAGGAGACGUUAGGAGACGUGGUUAGGAGACGUUAGGAGACGUUAGGAGACGUGGUUAGGAGACGUUAGGACGUCAUUAUUUGACUUUUCGAACGUAGACCAAGAAAACUCCAGUAAAUCUGCCGCCGUUCUGCGCAUGCGCAGUCCAGCAGCCCGUCGCCAUGGAGACGGUUUGUUGUUACUGAUCCGAGAGGAGCCUAAAAACACCUAAACACCCAGAGAGACCAGAACCAGAACCAGGAGCAGAACCAGGAGCAGAACCAGAACCAGAACCAGGAGCAGAACCAGAACCAGGAGCAGGAGCAGUCUGAGCCAGUUCAGGUGAUGGCGAGGUCAGAGCGUGAUGUCAUCGACUUCUCGGCGCUGGAGAGAGAGCUGCAGGCGGCGGUGGAGUUGGAGCGGAGACACCUGAGAGAGAACGAGGCCAAGCUGAGAGCCGUCGGCCAGAGAGGCUCCUCCUACAGCCAGUUCAGAGACCUGGUCCUGUCCUGCCACCUGAAGCCCCUGGACAAGAAGGAUAAAGACGGAGCUCCUCGGAAACAGCCCUGGAACCCCGUCGCCCCGAGCAACCAGUGAUGUGGGGUCGCCCCGAGCAACCAGGGAUUUGUGGUCGCCCCGAGCAACCAGGAUCAACUUGACUUUGAACUUUUUACUGUGAUUUUAAUAAAAAGUAUUUUUCACAACGUC